CCGCGGGGCAGCGGGGAGCCGAGGAGCCAUCCUCCGGCGGAGCCGGGACCCCCCCUCCCGCAGCUGUUUUACCGACGAUGCCGGACGAAGCGACGGAAAACGCCGGCUCCACAUCUGCCCGCGUCUCGUCCUUUUUCAUCGAGGACCUGCUGGGCACCGAAGGCGGCGGAGGGACGCGGAGGGCGGCGGCGGGAGGCGGAGGUGGGCGCGGAGCUCCGCGCUGCGGCCCCCACUCCCCGCUGCGCCUCGGAGCCUCGGGCUGCCCGCUCCGCGACGCCGCCGUCGGUUGGUACCGUCGAGCUUUCUUGGGCUGCGCCAGCCCCGACACCAGCGACCGGGACUCGCCGGAGCUGCCCGAGGACACGGAGCGGGCGGGCGGCGGCGGGCGGGCGGCGGCGCGGGGCCCCGCGGGCGGGAGGCAGAGCUCCGGAGGCCGCGAGGAAGAGGAGGAACGCGGCGAGGAAGCGGGCGAAGCGGAGCAGCGAGCCGCCGGCCGCAAGAAGAAGACGCGCACGGUGUUCAGCCGCAGCCAGGUCUUCCAGCUGGAGUCCACCUUCGACGUGAAGCGCUACCUGAGCAGCUCCGAGAGGGCCGGCCUGGCCGCCUCGCUGCACCUCACCGAGACGCAGGUGAAGAUUUGGUUCCAGAACCGCCGCAACAAGUGGAAGCGGCAGCUCGCCGCCGACCUGGAGGCGGCCAACCUCUCACACGCCGCCCAAAGGAUUGUGCGGGUCCCCAUUUUGUACCACGAGAACUCGCCGGCCAGCGCCUUAGGCUUCGGCCUGCCCCACAUGUCCCCCCCCUUGGUGGGCUUCUCCGGCGGCGUCAGUUACCCCCUGGGCACCUUCCCCGCCGCCUCCCUUCCCUUCCUUCGCUCGCAGAUGACGGGACUCGUCUGAGCGCCCACCUGUGUCGGGACCGCGGCCCCGAGCCCCCUCCCUUGGCUUCCAGCUUCACCCUCGGACUUUUUCUUUCCACUUUCACCAUUUUCCGCUUUUCGACUUUUAUUUAAAAAAAA